AACAUUCGCUCGCUAGUCGGGUUUGAAACAUGACGUCAUUGUACCACGUGUUGCACGUGUCGUGUGGUGUUGCGCGUGUGCUUUGGUGUGUGUGGAAGUAACGUGGACACUUCAAAAUUUUGAAUAUCUCCAACCACACCAAUUAUAUAUCAAAAGUGGCGAACUUGUAAAUGAUUGAAAAGAAAAUAUGAAGGUUAAGAAUCAAUAUAAAGGGAGGGGAAAUAAAGGCAAGAAAGCUGCACCUGUAAAAAAGAGCCGGAAAGAGUUACGAAAGGAAAAGAGAAAUGCGAAGAAACAACAUAGACGAGAUUAUUAUUCUCGUCGUUUUAAACCCGGACAGCAGAAUUUAACGGACGCCCAUGAAAACAAUUCUUUAGGGGGUGGCAAGGUGCAAAAUGUGUACAAACAAUCUGAUGAGGGUUAUGAUCAUCAAGCACGUCAAAACGUUGAAUCAGACGGAGUUGAAUCAAGGCAUUUUGGAAGUCAUGAGAAACAUCAGGAAAAUGAUGCCCCCAAAAGUCGGCUAAAGCAUAAAAUUAAGAAAUAUCAAGAUCCGUUAAUCGCAAGGAAGAUGCAAGAGGCAGCUACUCACCAGGAAUUACAGAAAGCAAUGCGUGAUUCUCGCAAACAGCAGCUAAAUGAUGCAAAUGAAGAAGAGGAGAGACUUAUUAAAAGAUUAGAAAAGCAACUUAAGUUGUCCAAGCGUAAAAGUAAAACUGUACCAAAGUCAUUUGCAGAUGAUGGUUUAGAUUAUCUUCUUGACAUUUGUGAUAGUGAUAAAAUAAAAGAUGUUGCCAAUCUUGAAAACACUUAUAGGAAUUCAGACUCUGAGUUGGAAGAAGAUUUAGCUUUGGCUUCAGGGAAAAAAUCUUCUGCAAUGCAAAUUGAUGAUGAUAAUUUUGUGCGACCAGGAACAAGUGGGUUGAAUAGUAAACAACGAAAUUCAAGUGGUGCAAGUGAUAAUGGGGUUAAUGCCUCAGGCUAUGAAAGUGAUAGUGAUUUUGUUGAUAGUGCAGCUGAAAGUGAUCGUGAUGGAAGUAGUGUGUAUGAUAGUGGUGACAGUGGAAAGAAUGAUGAUUAUGGUGAUGAAUACUUUGAUAGUGAUGAAGAACAUCUAACAAGUUCUAAAAGAAUGCAUUACACUUCGGAGAGUAGUGAUCACAUUGAUAAUGUAAAUGAAAGUAUUUCAAAGAAAAGUGUUGGAGAGAACUGUAAAAAAGAAUAUCCACUGAAAGGUAAGAAAACUAAGAAUGUUCGCUUCUUGGAAGAUGAUGAGGAUGAUGAUGAUCAUGAUGAAGAUUCAUUGGAGAAUGGAUUUACCAGAAACAGUAGCAGGAAGUCAGCUAAAAGAAUGAAAACAUCCCAAAGAGGAAAACAUACAAGUGAUGGGAAAAAAUUAAAAGAAAGCAAGGAAAAUAUUGGACAACCUGGUAAAUAUGUCCGCAUGCACCAUUCAGAUGAAAGUGAUGCUAGUGGAGAUGAUGAAACAAAUGCUUCAGACAUUGAAGAUUCUGCCUCAGAAGAAGGAAAGAAAGGUCUUUGGGAAGAUAUUUAUGGCAGAAUGAGAGAUAAGGCUGGUAAUGUUGUCCAAAGUUCAUCACAAUCUGGCACAUACAUCCCACCUGCUCUACGGGCUCAACAGUCAGGUGGUGAUCCCCAAACGCAGCAACGGUUACAAAGAUUGAAGCGUCAAGUGAAGGGUUAUUUGAACAGAUUAACAGAAAGAAAUCUUCCUUCAAUUUCAAAUGAGUUGGACCUUCUAUAUAGUAAUAACAGUCGCAGUGACAUGAACUCCACAUUUACAGCUAUUCUUAUGGAAUCAAUGGUUUCUACUGUUUUGUCCCUGGAGAGGCUGAUAAUGGAACAUGUUGCAUUGAUUUCCUGUCUUCAUUCUAAAGUGGGGAGUGAUGUUGGUGCUUAUGUACUACAAGCUGUGGCAAAACGAUUUGAUUCACUCUUUAAAGAAAAUCCUGACAUUGAAAACAAGGAAUUGGAUAAUGUGAUAUUGAUCAUUUGCUACCUUUACCAUUUUAAAGUUGUACAUGCCCGUAUGCUUUUUGAUGUACUGCAGUGUCUGGCUAAAAGAUUCAAUUCCAAAGAUGUGGAAUUAAUUUUGUUAAUGUUACGAUCUGUGGGUUUUGGUUUGCGCAAAGAUGACCCUGUAGCAAUGAAGACUUUGAUGAUACAAUUGCAGGAACUUGCCAAUACAAGUAUUCAACAAUGUAAUGAGUCUCGUGUGAAGUUCAUGCUUGAAGUGUUGGUGGCAGUUAAAAAUAAUAACAUGGGACGCUUACCUGGAUGGGAUUCUACUCCUGUUGAUAAUAUGCGUAAAAUGUUGCGUGGACUUCUUGCAAGUGGAAAUACAUCACCAGAACUAAAUAUUUCUCUUCAAGACUUGCUGCAAGCGGAUGAGAGAGGUAGAUGGUGGGUAGUUGGGUCAGCAUGGGUUGGCCAAACUCCAGGUGGAUCUGAAUUACAACCACAACAAAGUAAAAAACCAAAGCCCGUAUAUAGUGCAAAAUUGUUGGAGUUAGCUGAACGAAUGCGUAUGAAUACAGAAGUGCGACGAAAUAUAUUUUGUAUACUUAUGUCUGCACAGGAUUACACUGAAGCCUUCAAGAAUCUAAUGCAGUUGGGAUUGAAGGGCCUACAGACCCGUGAGGUAGUGCAUGUCACUUUAGAUUGUUGUUUACAAGAAAAAACAUACAAUCGAUUUUAUGCUCAUGUAUUACAAUCUUUAUGUGAACACAACAGAGUUUACAAGAUGACACUACAAUGUGAUUUUUGGAACAAGUUUGAAGAGCUGAGGAGUUUAACAGAGACCCAGUUUGGUAAUUUGGUGAAGCUUUUACUGCAGUUAUUGACCCAAGGUGUGAUUAGCCUUGUUGUUUUCAAGGUAAUUGAUCUGACUCGACUGGAGAAGCCAAUUGUACGACUUUUACGUCAAGUAUUGUUGGGUAUACUAACUUCUUACUUGCAUGAGUGUAAUCAAGUCUUUGUUUGGGUGGCUAAGCAUCCUAAAUAUAAGAUGUUUGCCCGUAAACUCCAUGUAUUUCUACAGCAAUUUGUAUUGAGCCGAAUGCCUCCUGAUGAUCCUCAGAGAGCACUUUUGCAAGAACGUAUUGAUGGCAUCUUCUUGUCACAGGAUCUGUGAUAUAUUUAUUGUUCACAGAAUAUUCUAUAAUAUCCAUGGCUUGUAAAUGUAUUCCAUGAUGUUUAAAACAUGUAUUAAAACACAGUGUGUGUUAAGUACCUUGAUUUGUGACCAAACUUUGAGGUAAAGAUAUUUAGAAGGUUUUUUUUUGUAUACAUGUAUAUAUUUGGCAAAAUGUUGAGUAUAUAUUUUGUAGGUGAUCUCAUCUUCAUACUUGUACAAGGAUAUAGUAUAUUUGCAGGAAGGAGUGAAAACAGAAGUAUGGUGAGUGAAAUUAAUAUAUUUUCAACUGUAGUUGGACUGGUUAUAAAAAAAAAUAGAGGCCGCAGUAUUACAACAGUUUCUCUUGGCAAAUGUAGUGAUCUGAGUCAAGGGAGCUUUAUGAUUGGCUUGGAAACAUAAUUUAUUUAAAAAGUGAGAUUAACUUACUUCAAUAAGUUCUCUGUUAGCCACUCCUGUUUCGGAUAGAACCCGUAUAAGUUUAAAAUAUGUAUUAUUCUUUCUAAGUUUGGAAAAUUGCAUUAUUCUUUCAUAUAAAUUUCUUUCGUUGUCUCUAAGAAUCGAUUGCUGAACUAGAGUUUCACUGUAUUGUUAAUCGGCCUUCAAUAUAUCCCCGUUAUUCAUAUUGUACAAAAUUGGACUGAUGAUUGAGGACAAUUGAAAUGAAAUGCUUUGUUGAUAUUGCAAUGAGGAAGACAUUAUGUUCAUGAAUCAUGCAGUGUUUUUAAUUUCAGGAUUUUAAAUAUUUGCAGUUUUAAAUAAUUUAAUUAGAUAAAUCUUGUUUUUAAAUCCAGGAUUGUUAAUCAUCGUCGUUAUCAACAUUACUGGCUCACUAACUUGUUUAGAGUUACACUGUAUCAAGCCAGUUGUGUGUGUUUGUGUGUGCGCGUGCAGGUUUCUUAUCUUAUCAGGCUACUAAUUCCAAGUCAUGUGAUCGAACCUGGCAUAAGUCAAUGGAUUUUUUAAAAGCACAAAAUAUUGAUGAAGUGCAUGCUGGUGAUCAUAAGGCAUGUAAAAAAAAAAUCGUAGAAUUGCUUUUGGCUGUUAUCCAGCCAAAGUAAAUCGUGUGUUAAGUCAAAAUCAUUAUCACAUGUUUCAAUUUGUAUGUUAAGAGAGCAGCUGAUGCGGAAACAAGAGCAUGCUUAAUCUAGCAGUCAAAUUGAACAUCUAAAUUGGCAUGUAGUGUCCUUGGACAAAGCAAUGGCAAACAACAUACCCAAGAACAUUUCUGAAAAAGAAACUGGACUUCAGCUGAGAUGUAAACCUCCCUUCAGAUAGAAGACUCUCCACAAAUAUUACAAAUUUUUCCUACUCAUUAAAAUACGCUCCCGUUCUUUUGGUAUUUAAAAGUUGCAAUGGUAUCUCACUUCUUUUUUCAGUUAUGAAGUUCCCCUGUUCGAUACAAAUGCAAUAAAUGAUAUCAUGCAAGAAUUUAAGUGAGGUUUCACGUGAUAGCUUAUAAAGAUUGCAAAUUCUACACAAUAUCAUUUAUUUGAAUGAAGCUGUUGCGAAGAGGAAUAGAUGAAUAUAUCUGGACCUCUUCUUAAUAUUAAAGUAUAAUGGAAACAUGUUAUUAAUAGUUUAUUAACUGGAAGAAUGACCUCUGGAUAACAGGUUACUUCCUGAAGAGGAGAAAUAACAAUCACAAAUAUUUAGAAUUAAAAAAUCUGUUGGUAUAUCAUUCUAAGUUUGUGAAGAGAGUUUGUGGUUCUGAGAGAGAAAGGGAGGGAGAGAGAAUAUCCAAGACUGUACGUUUACCCUAUAAUAAACAUACUUUGCUGUGAAAUGAUCAUUAUGGAUAACCUCUAUUCUUCUUACUGAGAGUUCAAUAUGUUAUAUAAUGACUUUGGAUCUUCAUAUUCACAUAUGGCCUAUUGUUCUAUGUAAUCUCAUUAAUGUGCUAUUCAACAUUCUUUUUCUAAAAUGCCACUUCAUCACCCAUUAUAUUUCUUGUAUGCCAUAGACUUAGUUUUUUGGUUAGAUGCCCUUGAAUUGAGGAUAUAUAAAAAGGGAAUACACUGGAUGAUCACGUUUUGAGAAAAUGACAUUUCAA